CGGACGAAACAGCCCCGUCUCGGCUCGGCCGUCCACACCCACCCACCCACGCGCCCGUCCCCAACCCGUUCGGCGAAAUGCCGCCGCCGCUCUCCGUCUCGCUCCCGUCGCCGCAGCCCCUCUCCCUCCUCCCGCGCCACGCCAGGGCCGGCCACACCCACUCCCUCGCCCUGGCCCCGCCCCUCUCCACCAGGGCGCCGCCCUCCUCCGCCUGCUCCGUCGUCCCCGCGCGCCACUCCGACUACUUCGACCCCCGGGCCCCGCCGUCGCAGCGCGACGCGUACGGGCAGCCGCCUCUGGAGAGGGAUCCGCCGGUGCCGGGCGGCCAGGCCGGGCGGGUGUUCGCCAGCUACAGCAUCUACAAGGGCAAGGCUGCGCUGGCCUUCGACCCCAGGCCGCCGCAGUUCGUGCCGCUCGAAUCUGGGGCGUACAAGGUGGCCAAGGAGGGGUUCGUGCUGCUCCAGUUCGCCCCCGCCGUGGGGCCCCGGCAGUAUGAUUGGACUCGCAAGCAGGUGUUCUCAUUAUCUGUCUGGGAGAUGGGAACCUUGCUUACUCUUGGUCUAACAGAUUCGUGCGAGUUCUUUCAUGACCCUUUCAAGGGGAGGAGCGAUGAAGGUAAAGUGCGCAAGGUUCUAAAGGUUGAGCCAACACCAGAUGGCAACGGUCGCUUUUUCAACCUCAGUGUUCAAAACCGUCUUUUGAACGUUGAUGAGAACAUUUACAUCCCUAUAACCAAAGGAGAAUAUGCGGUCAUUGUAUCGACUUUCAAUUACAUCAUACCGCACAUCAUGGGCUGGAGCACGUUUACAAAUUCUAUCAAGCCCGAGGAGUCGCAGCCAUACAAUAGGCCGCAGUCCUCUCCCGAAUUGGAGUGGCGAAGGUGAAGAAUGACAACGCUCUCGGACGGAGAUGGCAGGAAGAAUGAUACUUUUGGUGGUGUUCCUUCCAGAAAAGAAAUUCUUGGUGGUGGUGUUUGGAAAGUAUUUUGGUGCAUAAUUUGGCUGGUAAUUUCUGGUUUAGUUAUUAGGAAAUUAAUCCUUUUGGUUCUGCCAUAUUCGUUUGGUUUCUCAUUACAGCAGGCUGGAGUUGUGUUAGUCAAAUACCUAGUCCUCACUUCUUAAUGCAGGAAUGGCUUACAUGAGACUUAUUGUAGCAAUUUUUGCCUGGAGGUAUUGCAGUACCCCGUAUGGAUCAUGGAUACCUGCAUCAGAUACCCGAAGCUCUAAAGCCUGAACUGUUUUGCAUUUGCAAUGCAAGUUGUUCAUUUGCUAAUUCUGAAUUCAAUAUUGUGAACUUGUCAUAUACUGAAACUCGAGUCACAUAUUCCCAACA